CAUUACUAGGCAUAGCUAGAGGGUUUAGCUCUUCCAUAUCUAUGGUCUCGCCUUGGUUCGAAAAUGGUUCGCUCGCAGCUUAUCUUCAGAAACACGAAGACAUCACUCUGUCUGUUCGCCUCCGUUUACUUGAAGAUGUUACACUUGGCCUCGAUUAUCUGCAUGGUGUCCCGGUGGUUCACGGUGACUUAACUCCUAACAACGUGCUCCUGAACGACGACAAAAGGGCUAUCCUCACAGACUUCGGCUUGUCGACAAUGCUCGGGGAUAUCACGGGCUCCCCAUAUCUUCAACGUUCUUGUGCCCAAGCAGGAGUUAUUCGCUACAGCGCUCCCGAGCUUCUAAAAGAAUCCACCCGGCCGGAUCCUCGAAGUGAUAUCUACUCAUUUGGCUGUCUCACGCUUAAAGUACUUUCGGGAAAUGAGCCCUGGGCUAAUAUAAAGAGUAGUACCUCUAUCGUCAUUAAAAUGGCAGAUGGGUAUACACCACAGAGGCCUGCCUGCGGUCCUAUCUUAGAUGCACAUUGGCGACUAAUCAAACGAUGUUUCUCACUGCCUGGCGCUCGACCGUCCACACGCGACAUUCUGAAGUUUCUCAAAACAGAAUUAGAGUCGGAAGAUCAAAAAGUGUCGGUAGUGAAUCGACCAACCGAAUGCUCGAAUGGAGAACCUAUGACAUCCUCCAAGCACAAAUCCACGGCCAAGACAGCGUCCAGCCUAAUAUCUGGUGUCCACGACAAAGGAGCAAGCCCUACGCGCAGGUUUAGUUUCGAUAUUAUUUUCCGCCGUAACAGCGUGCCGUCGGUUGAUACAUCCGCUGUCUUUGCGGAAGAUUCCCUGAAGAUGGUGCCAAACUUUGCCUUGCCUCUAGGGGGCCUUGGUGAUACUUUUCAGUGUACCUUGCGGAACAAGGCUUUCAAAAAGGAGAAGAUAGUUGCUGUCAAGUCUAUCAAGGUACGAGAUGAUGAUGAAGGGAGCAUUGAGGAGGCCCGAAAAAUCAUUCUGGCGGAAGUGCAACGCUGGAUGUCUCUCUGCCACGACAAUCUAUUGCCUAUUUACGGUACUACAACUGGGUUUGGUUCUAGCCUUCCCUGUUUGGUAUCGCCUUGGAUGAAGAACGGAUCCUUGACCAGCUACCUGAGCGCCAGGAAUCAAACUCUCCCAAGCGCUACAAAAUUUCGCCUUUUAUCCCAUGUCGCAGCUGGGCUCCACUUUCUUCAUUCCAAUGACAUAAUUCACGGCAAUCUCAGCAGCAAUAAUGUUCUCAUUGAUGAUUCCCACACUGCCCUUCUCGCGGACUAUGGACUGUCUUCAGUCGUAUCUACGUGUGGCGAACUCUUUCAGUCAUAUAAUUGUGGUGCUUUGCGCUGGACAGCUCCGGAACUGAUCAACGACGAUGAUCAGGAGUUCGGUAAUGUGUCAAGCCGUGACAGCGAUAUCUAUUCUUUCGGAUGCAUCAUGUUGCAUGUGCUUUCCGGAAAGACACCAUACUGGUGGCUGGACGAUGUUCUACGUGUUGUUGCUGCGCGACACAAAGGCGUAGAUCCAGUUCGUUGCGGGGCGGAAAUGCAUGAGGGACACUUGAAAUUCAUCCAGCGUUGCUUGUCGGUUUCUCCUACAGACCGUCCGACAAUAGAUCAAAUCAAAGGUUUCAUAGCAAGAUUGACGUAACCUGUUGUCAAGUAAAGCUGUAUCAUACUCAGGAGGUUAAUAGUCACGCACAACCAGGUGCCAAGAAGGAAUAUACAAUAUCUGACCAGUCCAAGGUCCGUUAGAAAGUCGGACCAGCAGCAUAACCAGUGUCCCACGAUCGAGAUCUUGCUCGCUCUUUUUCUCGCCACUGAGUCUCGAAGUAGAUAAAGGUGACAAUGAUAUCAUCCAGGAUGUGUGCAGCCUCCAGUAGGAUUUGAAGCGCAGCAGGCUCCCGUUUGAACAGAGUCUGCUUAAGUGGGGGGACAAACGUGGCUAUGCAUGCCUGUGAGUGAGCACCCUUUAAUGGCACGAG